CCUACUUCAUGGACUAAAUCUGUAAUUUAUAGCAACUUUUCUUUCAAGGUUUCACAUAUUUUUUAUUUUUUUCAGUUUAUGUAUUGGUGAUGGAUUAGUUUUUUAAUAAAUUAAGUACAAAGCUUACUCGGUUGUAAUUAAUUGCACUGUUAAUGAUGACCACUGAUUUCGAAGAAUGUCAGAAAAUUUCUGUAAAAAAGUUUAUCCAAUAUUUUUAUCAAGGGAAUCUUAACUUCACUUUAUUACCAGAGGAUGUGGAAAAGAUGGACUGGAGUUGGCAGCAACAAUUUUUAGAUGCAACAGUGAACAGUAAAUUAAUAAAAGAGUAUCCAAUAAGUAGCAAAUAUGCCAGCUUGUUUCUCAAAAAAAUAAUUCAGCAUUUGGAACAAAACCAGGAGGUCCAUGAUGAACUCUAUGAACAUUUAUGUACCAGUAUGAAUAACAUAGAUAGAGAUGGCUUUAGUUACCGGCAUUAUUUGAUAGGAAAUGAUAUAAACAAUGUUGUUACUAUAAAAGAAACAAAGAAUAUGGUGGUCAAUGGAACAACGGGGUUGAAGACUUGGGAGGCUGCUUUAAUGUUAUCUGAUUGGGCGAUAUGCAACAAGAACAUUUUCUUAAAUAAAAAUGUGUUAGAAUUGGGUUCUGGAGUAGGAUUCACAGGAAUAACAAUUUCUAAGCACUGUUAUACCAAAUCUAUUGUACUUACUGACUGUCAUAAUGAUGUUUUGAAGACAAUAUGUGAUAAUAUACAAAUUAACUUUCCACAUCUGCAAAAAGAAGAAGAUAAGGAUUUUACUUGGUUUAACGAUCAAGAUAAAUCACUCGGUGUAUUGCCACUGGAUUGGAAUGCCAUUGAUGAUUUAACAGAAGACUUGGUCCCGGAUGUUUUGAUUGGAGCAGAUAUAGUAUAUGACCCCUCAAUAUUGCAGCCAUUAUCCAAUGUCAUUCGAACCUUCUGUAAUAGGAAUGGAAAAUUGGAAGUGUAUAUUGCAAGUGUUAUUAGAAAUGAAGACACUUUUAAUGGUUUCUUAAAAACCCUAGGAGAAAUGGAGUUGAACUAUGAAACAAUUGAACUACCUAAAUGUGUUCACAUUGAAUGGAAUGAAAGUAUAAAUAGGAGUUUGUUGAAAAUAAAUUCCAAGCUUAAGUAAAUAA